AAGGAAAAUUAUUGUACGGGAGAUGAACAGUGUUGGCUUUUAUAAUUACUGUAAACCGUUGUAAAUUUAUAUUUCUCUGUCUUUCGGAAAUUUAGUUGAUUAUUAAGUUAUUUUAAAAAAUAAAACAUGGGAGUUGAAAUUGAAACAAUCAAACCUGGAGAUGGUCAAACCUUUCCUAAAACAGGGCAAACUGUGGUUGUACACUAUACAGGUACUCUUGAAGAUGGGCAAAAAUUCGACUCUUCGCGUGAUAGAGGAAAACCUUUCAAAUUUAGGAUAGGGAAAGGAGAAGUUAUUAAAGGCUGGGAUAGUGGUGUUGCUCAGAUGAGUGUAGGACAACGUGCUAAACUGAUCUGUUCUCCUGAUUAUGCAUACGGUGCUCUAGGACAUCCAGGAAUUAUCCCUCCAAAUGCCACUCUAACCUUUGAUGUAGAGCUUCUGAAAUUGGAGUAAAUGAUACAUUGAUUACCUUCAUUUGUGCAUAUGUGUAGAGGUGCACUCCCAUAACCAGGAAAAAUCCAGAGUUUGUUUUUCUUCAAAUUUAGAUUACUCUAUUAAUAAUAUAAAUUUCUACAGCCAAGAAAUUUUUUAAUCAGUAAUUUGAAUUCUUAAAAAAUGACCUGGAAUAUGGGAGAUAUUUUAUGCUAUUUCACAAUUUUCUUUUCCAUAUUUUUUCCUCUGUGAUCUGUCUGAGAUAGAUAAUAAUAAACAUAACAGAUUUUAAGGGUAUGUGUCAUUACCAGUAAUAUGUUAAUAUCAGUUUAAAGUAUUUAUUUGUAUAUAUGUUUAACUGGUUUUGUUUUAAAAGUCUGAUUUUAUGGUUAAUAAAAAUAUACAUUUAACUUUGGAAUAUAAUAUUCUGUGCUCCUAAAUUGUGAUAAUUUUUUAAACCCCCCUUUUUUAACUAAGUGAUUAGGGUUAUGUUGUCCUGAGAGUAUUUCCAGUGCAAAAUGCAUUUGCAUAUAAAAUGUUUUUACCCAUAGCAUUAUUUAAUUCUCUAUUGAGUAAAAUUGCUGCAUAUUUGCUUUAUGAUUAUAAAGUAAUAAAUUUGAAGGAACUGCCACUAAAUUCUUGAUUUUUUAUCUUUCAUCUAAAAAGAUUUUGGAGAAGAAUGUUCUUAAAAUUUCGUAGCGCUUAUUAAAAAGAUAUUCUCGUUGUUUGUAGACGUUAGCUUACGUUUUAUAUGUCUAUUUUUGCUUUUGCCAAUGCUGUGAAUUUUAUCAACUUUUCUGCUUCAUGGUAGGCUUUUAUUUGAAAUGGCAGUGAAAAUUGUUAUUAAAAAUCUUACAUUGUUUUAAUUGCUUCGAUAACUGUUCUGCUAAAUAUUUUGCAUAGAGCUAUUCAACAUUUAUUGUAGAAUGGUAUACACUGGGCCAGUUUCAUGUUUGGUAUGACAGAUUUCUGACUUAUAUGCUGAUCGAUGAUCUUAAAUUUGAUUUUGGAACUUUUCUACUGUUAAGGCAUUUUGUAAAUUUUAUAUUCAAGUACUGCGAAUGUAUUUAUGCCAGAUAUUGCAUUUAUGACAUGUAGUGAUAUUCGUAAUUAUUAAGAAAAAGGUCAAUUUUGUCUUUUAUGCAAUACAAGCAGCAUGCAGGAUCUUCAAGAGCCUGUACACUACACAAAAUAAUAUAGAUUUUGCCUUUUUUAAUGAGUUUUAGUUACUAUAAAUUAUAAAGAAUUAUUAUAGUUUGUUUAGUAUUAAUUUAAUAUAAAUGCUACAUGUACUUAUUUCCAUACAUAUUUAUGUAUUUGGUAUGUAAAGAAUAAUUUAUUUUGUAACAUCUUUUCUUCUUCCCUUUCACAGUUUUGUGAUUCUUUGGUCCAGUGUGUUUACCUUAAUAUUUUGCUGCUGCAAAUUGUUUGUGGCUAAUCUAAAAACAUACAUUUAGUAGGUUGCACUUCUGUAGAAUUUUGUAGCAUACAGUCGCUUGGUCUGUGUUGCAUAUUGGUGUUUUGUAGUAAUAUGUGCAUUAAUAAAAUGAAACUAACUGAAAACUUAAAAUUUUUGUAUUACACAAGAGAAUAGUAUUUUUUAUUCAGCGUUUGUACUUGCAAGUUGGUUUUUCUUCUAUCUUUUUCCAGUACAUGCACUCGAUAAUUUUCCCAAAUAGUUAUUUAUAUAAAUUUUUAAAUCACUAUUUAUCUUUAAUGGGUUUUUGUAAAUUUUCAUAUUUAUUGAUCAAAAGCAUUCUAUACUUAAUAUAAUGGUUUAAAAGAAGCUAUGAAUUUAGCCUACUCUGCCAUAUUAGACAGCUACAAAGUACACCUGCUACAAAAGUAACUUGAUCUGUAUAUCCAUAGUCAUUUUUUAGAACAGUAAAUUGUUAUAUUGCAUUUUUGGAUAUAAAUUUUGGAAGUACAUUAUUUUACAUCUACUAUCAAGUUAUGCAAUAUAUCAAUUGUUUUGAUCCCUCAAAUGUAGAACAUGUACACCUAUAUAUAUAUAUAUAUGUAUGUUAUCUAUGUUUGAUUGUGCAUAUUGUCUAAUGCUGUGUAUCCAUUUUUAUGAAUAUUAAUAAAAAGUCCCUCAGCAGUUGUUUCAACUUUUAUUAUUAAAGCUAUUGUAUGAAAAUA